CUUUGCGCCUCACAAGCUCUGGAUUCGUUGCUAGCGAGGCGGACACCCAGGGCACAUAGCCUGCGAGUAGUGUUUGCCCGAUGAAGCCAUCAGCGUGGGCGUGUGUGCUGGGGCCUGCAAGACCCAUGCAGAUUAACGCGAGAGAGGCAAGGAGUAAGGAGGUAAUAACGGUCGCCGAAGGAUUACCCCGCUCUCAUCAUGUCUUGGCUUGUGGACUUGGCGGGAAGAGCAGAGGACCUUUUAAACCGAGUUGAUCAAGGGGCGGCCACAGCUCUCCGCAAAGAGAACCCCAGCAGCAGCAGCCUCAGAGACAGCGCUGGUGCCGACUGUCCUGAACCUCAACAGCAAAAUGCAGAUUUAGCCUACCAGACUGGAUCCAAAGCCGCUUAUAUCUCCUCCGCGGCCGAGAACAUUCGAAAUCAGAAAGCCACCAUCUUAGCUGGCACUGCCAAUGUGAAAGUGGGCUCCCGGACCCCUGCCGAGGCCUCCCGAUCUGCCGAGAGCACCUCGGUCCCCAGACCUUCUUCCCAGUUUGUGCGACGGAAGAAGUCGGAGCCCGAUGAUGAGCUGCUGUUUGAUUUUCUUAACAGUUCACAGAAGGAGCCCAUGGGGAAGGCAGAGACCAAGAAGGAGAGGAGCAGGACACCUGUCCUGGCUACUCCUUGGACCGCAGGCCUCAGUUCCCGCAAGGCCAGCGGAACCGUCAGAACCAGCGAGGAGAAUCCUGGGAGCCACAGCCAUGAAGCCACCAGUAGCCUAGACUCUGCUCCGGAAGAAUCAGAGGUCUCUUCCAAGGAAAGUGUGUCAUCAGCCUCCACCAGCACCGAGCACAGCUCAGCACCUGCUGAUGACAGCAAAGCCCACGAGCUGUCCAACCUGCGCCUGGAGAACCAGCUGCUGAGGAACGAGGUGCAGUCUUUAAAUCAAGAGAUGGCCUCGUUGCUUCAGCAAUCCAAGGAGACUCAAGAAGAACUAAACAAAGCAAGGGUGAGGAUUGAAAAGUGGAAUGUUGACCAUUCAAAGAGUGACCGAAUGACGCGCGAGCUCCGCGCCCAAGUGGAUGACCUGACCGAAGCCGUGGCCGCCAAGGAUUCCCAGCUGGCGGUGCUCAAGGUGCGGCUCCAGGAGGCCGACCAGCUGCUGAGGUCCCGCACGGAGGCGUUGGAAGCCUUGCAGAGCGAGAAGUCACGAAUAAUGCAGGAUCGCAACGAAGGCAGCAGUUUGCAGAACCAAGCUCUGCAGACCCUGCAGGAGAGACUGCACGAAGCCGAUGCCACCUUGAAGAGAGAGCAGGAGAACUAUAAGCAAAUGCAGAGUGAGUUUGCUGCGCGUCUUCAUAAAGUGGAAGUGGAGCGUCAGGGUUUGGCAGAAGCAGUAACCGUGGCGGAAAGAAGGUGCUCGGAAGAGAAGAAGCGAGGCGAUGAGCUGCAGCAGCAGGUCAAGCUGCACAAGGCCAGCCUGGAGUCGUCGAAGCAGGAGCUGAUUGACUAUAAGCAGAAAGCCACACGGAUCCUCCAGUCUAAAGAAAAACUGAUCAACAGCUUAAAGGAAGGCUCUGGCUUUGAAGGCGUGGACAGCAGUACUGCCAGCAGCAUGGAGCUGGAGGAGCUCCGGCAUGAGAAGGACAUGCAGAGGGAGGAGAUCCAGAAGCUGAUGGGCCAGAUCCAGCAGCUCCGCUCCGAGUUACAGGACGCAGAGGCCCAGCAGGUGAGUGAAGCUGAAUCGGCGAGGGAGCAGUUACAAGAUGUGCAAGAGCAGCUCGCUGCGCAGAAGGCGUCUAAGCAAGAGCUGGAGACAGAGCUGGACCGGCUGAAGCAGGAGCUCCGCUAUGUGGAAGACGACUUGUAUCGCACCAAGAACACACUGCAGAGCCGGAUUAAGGACCGGGAAGAAGAAAUUCAGAAGCUCCGGAACCAGCUCACCAAUAAGACCCUGAGCCACAGCAGCCAGUCCGAGUUGGAGAACCGCCUCCACCAGCUGACGGAGACACUAAUCCAGAAGCAGACCAUGCUGGAGAGCCUGAGCACCGAGAAGAACUCCCUGGUCUUCCAGCUGGAGCGGCUGGAGCAGCAGGUGCGCGCGACCGCAGGCAGCACCAGCAGCGGCUCCUCCAUUAACAUGUCUGCAGUGGACAGCGGUGAAGCGGCACGUCUGCGAAAUGUCCCAGUUCUGUUCAAUGACACGGAAGCUAACUUGGCAGGAAUGUAUGGGAAGGUUCGUAAAGCUGCGAGUUCCAUUGACCAGUUUAGCAUCCGCCUGGGCAUCUUCCUGCGGAGGUACCCCACUGCCCGCGUGUUCGUCAUCAUCUACAUGGCUUUGCUUCACCUCUGGGUCAUGAUUGUCCUCCUGACUUACACGCCGGAAAUGCACCACGACCAGCCAACCGGCAAAUGACGGCAGCCCCAUUGUCUCAGCAGCAGCUUGUCUCCCUCUGGACAGGAGCCCCCGGGACUGCCAGCUGCCUGACGUCCGGGGAGGGCGCGCACAGUGGAUUGCAUCACUACAAGCCUUUGACUAAGUUAUUACCAAGGAUUCCACUACUAA